GCCAAGGGAUGCCUGUCCCACAUUAUUAAUAACGAUUUGCAUAACUACCCUCAUAAACUGGAUAAAACUUUCGCGUAACAACAGACUCAAUCGUGGAUUGGCGGUCGAGAGAGCUUCCAAGUCCAUCCCAUGCACUGCUCGGACGAUUCACUGUUGGCCCAAUUCAAUGUAGGAUUUCAAUCAAGACCAAUGUGACUCUCAUAAAGCCCCCCCCCAGGUGCCAUUGCACCAUGGCUGCCUCUCUUCCUAGCUUUCUUCCGCAUUAUCCUACUGUCACGGUCUAGGAUGUCGCUGCACUCGAGUACAACUGAUGUGGAAAAGCAGGCAGGGAGGGAGCAGGCCUCGCAAGUGCACGAAUUGAAUAGAUCACAGGUCUCUGGGCUGGCUAAAAGGAACGAUGCUGUCACGGUCGAUUGGGACGGUCCUGACGACCCAGAAAAUCCCCUAAAUUGGCCCACGGGCAAGAAAGCUCGUCAAUUGGUCCUGUUGUCCUGUAACACAUUCAUAACACCCCUGGCGUCGUCCAUGUUUGCACCAGGGCUCAGGGGCGUCAUGUCCGACUUCCAUACCACGAAUGACAUGCUGGGCUCCUUCGUCGUGACCGUCUUUGUCUUGGGGUACAUGGUCGGCCCGUUUGUGGUUGCGCCGUUGUCCGAGAUCUACGGUCGCGUCCCGGUCUACCACGUCUGCAAUGUUUUGUUCCUUGUCUUCACCGUUGCAUGCGCCGUUGCGCAGACCCUACCGCAGCUGAUCGUCUUCCGCCUGCUGGCCGGUGUUGGUGGCGUCUGUCCGCUGACGAUCGGAUCGGGUACUGUCGCGGAUAUGGUGCCCCUGGAAAAGCGCGCAGGCAUCAUGUCUAUAUGGGCGCUGGGACCAAUCCUAGGACCGGUGGUCGGCCCAGUUGCAGGCGGGUUUCUUUCCGAGGCCGAGGGUUGGCGAUGGGUGUUCUGGGUGAUUGCUAUUGCUACCGGUGUCAUCACGAUCGGAUGUAUCUUCUACUACCACGAAUCGUAUGCCCCGGUGCUAUUGGAACGCAAGGCUACCCGGCUACGCAAAGAGACGGGCAACUCAAAUUUGCAGUCCAAAUACUACACCGGUCCAUUCACGACACAAUCAUACCUGAACACAUUGGCCCGACCGAUGAAGCUCCUGGCAUUCUCGCCCAUCGUUCUGAUGCUGUCGUUGUUCGCCGCCAUCACAUACGGCUAUCUGUAUCUGAUGUUUACAACCAUCCCGCCGAUCUUCAAGAACGCCUACGGGUGGUCCACCGGGGUGGCCGGUCUGUCAUACCUGGGCUUUGGGAUCGGGAGCGUCACCGGCCUGGUGUCGUAUGGCGUAGUGUCCAACCGGCUUGCCGUCCAGCACACGGCGCGCGGCACAUUCACGCCCGAGUGUCGUCUGCCGCCCAUGGCAGUGGGCUGCUGGUUCGUCCCCAUCGGCCUGUUUUGGUACGGAUGGGCCGCGCAAGCCCACACACACUGGAUCGUGCCCAUCAUCGGGACCGGGGUGUUCGCGCUGGGGCUGAUGACGGUGUUCAUCGCGACCAACGCGUAUCUGGUGGAAGCGUAUCUGAAGGAAGCGGCAUCGGUGACGGCAGCCAGCACGGUGCUGCGGUCGCUGGUGGGAGCAGUGCUGCCACUGGGCGGCCCAGCCAUGUAUGAUAGGCUCGGGGUGGGCUGGGGCAAUUCGCUGCUGGCAUUUAUGGCGCUGGCUCUGUGCGUGUGCCCGGGCCUGUUCUGGCGGUAUGGGGAACGGAUCCGGACGCAUCCUCGGUUCCAGCUUCGGCUCUGAUCGGUGAUGAGCAAUGCGCCGGAGCCACUAUCUGCCAGCCCACGGCCGUUGGUAAGCUUCGCGGCCUCGCCGAGCUCCAUCAUUGGCCUGCUCGCUGCAUCCCAGCGGGUCAGCCGGGCUGCCUGUUCUUAUGGUUAUCAGCCAGC